ACAUCUUGAGCUUAGUAAUUGUUCAAUUGGUAAUAAAGCUGUUGAGAAAAUAGCUCGCAAAUGUACUAAUUUGAAAUAUCUUAGUUUGGAGAGAUGUGUAGGGAUUAGCGAAGAAGUGAUGAAAAAACUUAAUUCUAAAAUUAGCGUGAGCAAGCUUUCAGCUAAAAUCGAAUAUCCAGAUACUGAUUCUGAUGAUAAAUUCUCAGAUUCUGAUCUACCUCCACUUAUUCCAGAUCCAUUAAGGAUAUGUCAAAGCGUUAUCUUUACCGGUAGACCUAAUAGAAUAGUUUUAACCAAUACAUUAACU